UAGUAUCGAUACUAUCGUUGCUUAUCAAUAGUAUCGCCAAAAAAGAGCUAUCGAUACUAUCGUUUUUUGGUAAACUAUCGAUAGUUCGAUCGAAAACUAUCGAUAGGGCACUAUCGAGCGGCAACGCUACUUGCUUGCUGACUGAUGCGUUUUGGAAGCGUGAAGCGUCAGUUAUAAAUGAUUAUAUUUCUUUAUGCAAGUGUUUUCUUGAAGGGAGUUGGCUUUGAGGCAAAGAAAAGUAGGUAAUAAUUAUUCGCAGGUUUUAAUCACUUCAAAAUGUCUGACCUAACGAUAGCUGAUGUGAUUAAAAUGAAAGUGCUAGAUUUACGUAAAGAGUUGAAAUCACGUGGACUUCCGAGUACCGGCGAUAAAGCCGUUUUAAUUGAGAGGCUGCAAGCAACAUUGUCCAACGAUACUCCAGAUGAUCACGGUGACAUAAAUCUAGAUUCUGAUGACAUGACUAGUGAAGCUGCAUGGAUAUUAGAAGAUGACGAAGAAUUGCUUGUUGAUCAACCGUUGCCAUCGACGCCAAUUGUCAAAAACUAUGCCGAUGAGGGAAAUCCUGAAACAUCUUUAAAACGAAAGAUAAAAGACAAAAAGGCAAAAGAGCCAGACUCCAAAACAGAAGAGAACACAAGUGCAAAGAAAAUUAUUCUUAACAGAGCCACUUCUACAACUUCGAUCACCGCCUCUUCCGUGACCUCUUCACCGCCUGUACCAACUGCAGAGAAAACUGAAGAAAAAGAUGUCAAGCCAGAUAGUUCUACUAACAACGAUAAGAUAAAGAUAGAACCCAGUGGAGAUAAAGAUAGAACCCAGUCAAGAUUAGAACUGAGAGCAAAAAGGUUUGGAUUACCAGUGAAGAUGACAGAUGAUGAGAAAAAAGAGGCACGUAAACUCAGAUUUGGGCAAACUGGAACAACUAAACCAGGUGGAGCUAUUAGCAAACCUCCCUUGGGUGAAAAUUUAGAUAAACUUAAGAAAAGAGCAGAAAGAUUUGGCCAAUCUGUAUCCAAAUUUAUGACUGAUAUUGAAAAUAAAGAAAAGCUAGAAAAACGCAAAGCCAAAUUUGGAACUGUUAAAUGAGAAUGGUUCUCAUUUUGUUCAUCUCACUAUUUAGGAACUUGACAGAAAUUAUUAACAUUAAUUUGUUAAAGUAACAAUUUUAUGUUGCUGCAAUUAAUAUUUUAGACGGGUGUGUUCCAAGUAAGAAAGCAAUAUACUUGUAAUAUGUUUAACAUCAAAUAAAUAAUAAGUCUACUUUUUCAAAA